AUGCAACUUGAGUGUUUAGAACUCGCUGGUUGUACACUUGAUCGGUACAUAAGUGCCGAUAAUUCCCGCCCUUCGUUUUUAGAGAUAACUGGCAUAGCCGCCCAAGGUACUCCAACAUGCAGUGGUUUAAAUGCCGGGGAUUACAGAAAUUUAUCAGCAUUGCUCAACCAUCCGAACUUAUCGCAAUUGAAGAUAUUAAAUAAAGUGCCACUUCCUCCUGAAAUCAUGGAACACUUUGCUCAUAUGCAAUGCCAUUGUCUAAUGGGAGUAUUCCCAGAAAUCAGUCGAGUGUGGCUAGCAAUAGAUAGUAAUAUAUAUGUGUGGGCCUUCGAACACGGUAGUGAUGUGGCCUACUUUGAUGGGCUCGGUGAAACCAUUGUCAGCGUUGGGCUAGUUAAACCUAAGCCUGGUGUAUUCCAGAGUUUUGUUAGAUAUUUAUUAGUCUUAACAACUACAGUCGAAAUAGUGGUAAUAGGGGUCACAUUUUCAAAUAGCAAACAAGAUGGAACAGCAGAGUUUGAAGAAAUACAUCUAGUUCCAGAACCAGUUUUUGUUUUACCCACAGAUGGUGUGUCUAUGCUGUGUGUCAAAUCAAAUUCAAAGGGUCGAAUAUUUAUGGGUGGCAAAGAUGGUUGUUUAUAUGAAAUAACAUAUCAGGCACAAUUAGGGUGGUUUGGGAAGCAUUGUAAGAAAGUCAAUCAUUCUACAAGUGCCUUAUCAUUUUUGGUUCCUUCAUUUCUAAAUGCUGCUUUAUAUGAUGAAGACCCAAUAGUUAAGAUUGAAGUUGAUAAUUCACGGCAUAUAUUAUACACAUUAAGUGAGAAGGGUUGUAUAGAAGUAUUUGAUUUAGGGAAUGAUGGUGAAGACUUAAGUAAGGUGGUAAGAUUGUCUCAAGGGAAAAUUGUAUCACUGGCAGUAGACAUUGUAAAGACACUAGAAGCAAAUAAUUUCAAACCAGUUAUUUCUAUAUCAGCUGUUGAAGAAUCGGAAUCAGAUCAUCUUAAUCUAGUUGCUGUUACUCAAACUGGGGCAAGACUGUAUUUCAGUACAGGAUGUGGAGAUGCAAAUCAAGGAGCAUCUCAAAGACCUCAGUACUUAACAUUGCUGCAUGUGAGACUACCUCCUGGCUUCACACCUAACUCUUCAGUCCUAAAACCUAAACAAGUGCAUAAUGCUGUUUAUGAUAACGGUACUCUGGUGAUGGUGUGCUCGGCGGGCGGCGGCGAGGCGGAGUCGCUGUGGUGCCUGUCGCGCGCGCUGCCCGGCGCCGGCUUCAGCGAGGCGCACACCGCGCUGGCGCUGGACGGGCCCGCCUGGGCGCUCACCGCGCUGCCGCCGGCCAGCGACCUGCUCUCUCCGCCACUCCGCGCUAAGAAAGAGGUGUGGUCGUCGUCCCGCUGGGCGGUGGUGAGCGCGUGGGGCGCGGCGCUGCUGGCGGCGGGCGCGGCGCCCGACCUGCUGCGGACACUGCUGCGGGACUGCCGCGGCCCUGAAGCACAACCCGUCAAGGACAUGUUCCAGCUCCACGGUGCAGACCAAGCCUGUGCCUGCGCCCUGUACUUGGCCUGUGAGGAUGCAACAAGUGGGGAUUUGUCGAUCAGUGAGUGGGCCGCCAGAGCGUUCUUUCUCUAUGGGAGUCAGGUUGCCCCGGCGCCCUAUUUCCCUCAAACUUCGCAAUUACCUUCUAUGAUAGGUUCCCCUAAAUUCUCGCCGCGUCAAGUGUCAACACCAAUGUCGAGACCCCAAGAUCAACUGAGACAGUUAAAUCAGUCUUACCAGCAAGCACAAAUAAACCAAUCCAUGGGAAUGCAGAACCAAUCUUUAAUGCCACAAUCAUUCCAACAAACCAUGAUGAGUCCAGCACCAUUCAAUCAGACAUCUUUCAUGGGUAAUGUUACACAACAGGGCAGAGACAAUUUCCCCAUACAAGUUGAAUUCAGUGCAAAGCAUAAUGGCUUAUAUAUCUAUGUGGGAAGAAUUCUCAGCCCAAUUUGGAACUUGAAGUGUGUAACCAAAUCACUGACACCAGAUAAUAAAGAAUUUAUGUCAAGUAAGGUGACAGGUGAAGAUUGCUCAUACAUAGUGAAGAAAUUGCAACGUGUAGCUGCGUUCAUACAACGUAUAGUGGCCCCUCCACAUUCUGAGGAACAAGCUUCAUUACACGCGCUGAAACUUUUUAUCACAAUGGCAAUAGAAAUGCUGAGUCUAUGGAAAGUUCUCUGUGAGCAUCAGUUUCACAUGAUCGCAGCGAGUCUUCCUCCUGAACAGCAAAGUGCAUUACAAGCUGCUAGUUUUCGUGAAUUGCUAGUGGGUGGGCAGGAAGUUGCGUGCUUGUUACUUGGAUCUCUCGUUGUUGGAUAUUUAAAAGACAAUGCCUCUGUCGACGGUAUUUCUCAGAAACUUAGACAAUUGUGCCCAACAUUAUAUCGCCAAGAAGAUGCUACGUGUUCUAAAGCAAACGAAUUGUUAAUAUUUGCGAAACAACAGAAAAAUCCUGCCGAGCGCGAAGAGAUGCUUCAACAAGCUCUUAAACUAUGUAAAGAUGUAGCUCCAAAUGUGAACCUUCCAUUAGUGUGUUCAAAACUGGUAUCAGUUGGCUAUUAUUCCGGUGUAGUGGAUCUAUGUGUUACUUGCGCUAGUAAACUUGACCCUCAAGACAAAGCAUUAUAUUACUAUAAGAGCGAUCAACCCUCGCAAGAUAGGGAAGGACAUUUAACUUAUUACAGAAGAAUGGAGAUAUACCGCGAAGUCUGCAACGCCUUAGAUCGUCUGUACGAUCGUAGUACAGAGGCCACCGCUAACGGAUCUACGGCGUCUUCGGACGCCUUACAUACACUUUCGCCCGCUGAUGCCAAUUAUCAGGGAAGAAAACUAGUUUGGGAUUGUCUGUGUCGAGACGAUGAAUUGCUGCACGUGGCUGUUUAUGAAUGGCUCGUUUCAAAGAACUUGGGUGCAGAGCUGCUGUCGCUGAGCGGCGCGCCGCCCGCGUCGCUACGCACGUACCUGUCAGCAGCAGCGCGCCAGGCGCCCGCCCGCGCCGCGCUGCACCUGCUGGACCUGCUGUGGAAGGUGCUGGAGAAGGCGGGCGACCACCUCGCCGCCGCGCAUGUGCUCGAGGGGCUCGCCACCAAGCCCGGAACGGGCGCGACUUUGUCUCAGCGCAUGUCGUGGGUGUCGGCGGGCGUGGUGUGCGUGCGAGGUGCGGGCGCGCGCGCUGCCGGCGGCGCGGAGCUCCUGCGGCGGCUGGAGGAGGCGGCGGAGGUGGCGCGCGUGCAGGCCGCCGUGCGCGCCGCGCUCGCCGCCGGGCCCAGCGCGCCCGCGCCGCACCUGCUGCAGCGCCUCGACGACGAGCUGCUGGAGAUCACGCAGCUGUACGAGGAGUACGCGGAUCGUUAUAAUCUGUGGGAGUGUAAGCUGGCGAUCGUUCAGUGUUCGGGUCAUAAUGAUGCGCUACUGGUCGAGAACAUCUGGAGCAACAUACUGGCGGAGGCCGAAGCCGCAGCGCGUAAUCUGCCUACUCCUGAUGAGAGACUCUCGUCUGUUCUUUCUAAACUAACUACCUUAGGACGGGAGUACGUCAACACUGGCCACUGUUUUCCGUUAUAUUUCAUUGUUCGCCAGUUAGAAAUAUUGAGCUGUAAAUUGCAAGCUGAGAAAAGCAUGGUGUUUAGAGCUAUACUAAAUAUUGGCGUUUCGCUGGAGCAGGUUCUGGAUAUAUAUAUAAAGUUGGUGAGCGUGAACGAACGCGUGUGGCUGGGCUGCGGGGACGAGUCGCACGUGUGCGCAUGCGCCGCGCUGCUGCUGGCCGCCGCGCGCUCCGAGCUGGCGCCGCUGCCGCCCGCGCCGCGCCGCCGGGCGCUCGCGCGCUGCAAGGACCUUCAUGAAGCCGCGCUCUCAGCGCUGCAGAGUCGACCAAACACUCAACUGCUUAUCGAUAAGCUAACUGUGGCGCAGGCGCAUUUGGAUCGUAUGGAUUAAUUGUAUUUUUUACUUCCUGAUUGUAUGGCUAAGCAAUUAUUAUAUAAAAUAGAGAAGUCAUUAGCAAAAUCAUUUUAGAAAACACUCCAUGUAACAUAAUACGCAAUUUUAUUGGAUUUCAAAAAUAAAAAACUUGACAUAAAUAAUUUACAUAUAUUGUUAAAUACCAUUGCAGUACAUCAUAAAAAUUAAUAUUUUUGUAUCAAAUAUUUUACAUAAUGAUAAAUUACCAGAAUUACAUGUACUACUGAUUUUCGCGAUGGCAGUGACUGAUAAAUUAAUCACUUAAUUUAAAAAUAUUCUCAUAUUCCUUAGUUUAAGUGCUAUAUACAUUCAAUGCAUCGCUAUAUUUACUUACUACUAAUUAUGUGCACGUACAAGAUAAAAAGCCAAUAGUGUUGUGAUUCUGCCAGGCAGAACACUGUGAUUUCUAUUUUUGUAAAUAAAUUAUCACCCAAUCAAAA